AUGAAGACAGACGUGCUAGGGGCGCUUAAGGGAUAUAAAAGUAAGCGGAAACGCCAAAUCUUGGAAAAUAAGAAAGCGUUGAAGAAGAGGAGUCUUGGUGAGUUUGAAUGUGACGAGCUGUUCUCAUCCAAAGAGCUACAUCGUAUUUUCGAGAGUUCUGGUACAAUCAGAGCUUGUUCUACACCAAUUAAGGAAAGGAAUGAAGUUUUUGGGAAGCUUUUGGAUGUCCAGGGAGCGAAGAAGGGUGCUUUAGAAAAGGAGUUAGUGAAGGCGAAUGAGUCUAAAACAGCGGCCAAGGCCAAUUUGAGCAAUCCAACGACGACUGAAGCGCCAAAAGAAGAGUCAAAAGUUAAGAAAGCGUCAGGGAAGCGAUCCAAUUGUUCGAAGGGUUCCAGAGUGCUCACUCCAUCUACAAGAGCCAAUGAAGUCAUUACAACCGUCCGGAAACGUCCACAAGAAAACCCCACGCAAAAAAAGAGAAAAUCAGCUUUUUCUUCGCCUUCCGCAAGCUUUGAAGAAAUCCCCAAUCCUACUGAUGACUUCCAUGCUUCUCCCACUCCGAUUGCUGCAAAAUCCAUCGCACAUUCUACGCAUGAGGACGAAACACUCCCUCGUCCUGCCAACACAAAAAAUUCAGAUGAAGAUAUAUCAGCAGAGAAGCUUCGAGUCAGAACACUUUACCAGGAGUCUCUUACACCUGUUGGAACGCCUCAGAUCCAUGCACAUCCAGCCGAGAGACCACAGCAAGCAGAGGCGCCAGUUAUAGAUAAGGAGAGCCUUAUGGAAAAGCUCCAUGAUAUUCCAACCGAAACCCUCAGAAGUAUCCUCAUGAACCAGGUGGACCUUGAAAUUCGUUUAAAGCAUAGAGAACUUCGGUUAACCGAGGAAGAAAUCGGCAAAUGUGAGGCCCAGAUGCUAGCGCUUCGAAAGUUCUUUGACGUACCCUACGAUGUCUCUUUCAACAGUGAACCAAACGACUUUACCCUCAAGUACUAUGAUGUGCUUAACAAGUCGCUUUCGGUCAGCUAUACGAAGCUUCAGCAGCAACUGUACCAGGAACAACCGAAAUUCAACGAGGCAGUAUUCGAGACGGCUCCGCCUGAGCCCGCUCACUACAGAACAAGAUCUACAACCUCGUCACUACGUCCCAGCAUAACAGGCCCUGGUCUCCGAGUGGCCGGGUGCUUAUACCGCCGAACCGAUGGCAUUAUCGUGAAACUUACAUGUCCAGAUUGCCAUAGAAGUAAUUUCUCGUCGGCCCAAGGUUUCCUCAAUCACAGCAGAAUAGCACACACCAAGGAGUACACUUCCCAAGAUGCAGCGGCAUUACGAUGUGGUGAGCUUUUGCCAGACGACUUCCAAGACGACGAAGGCGUAGCUAGUCUCAAAAGCUUAAGGCAGAAAGAGCUCGAUCCAUCAAGAAACCUAAACGUCAAUGAAAUUUACUUUGACGGACUCAGCUCAACUCUAAACACCGUCCACAGAAACAGCGAAACUCCCGCCUAUUCACACAGCAGAAGUGCUUCAGCAGUGCAAGAUGAGGAACAGCUCCAUCCGCCAGUACGCAACACCCACGAGGAAGAAAACAAAGAGCUCAUGAAGAAGCUUAUUAAGAGUGGUGUGACCCAGGAUGCAAAGGAAUACCAGGAGCUAGUGGAACUGGCACGUCGAGAUGUCCCAAACUCUCAUCUUUUCGAAGGUGAAGUGGAAAUCGAAAGCGACAGUGAAGGAACGCCCCAAAGCACGACGCCAUUACACACACCAGCUACACCCCGGGGCCAGGCCGAGCGGCCAAAGCCUUCCGAAAAGCAAACUUCAAGGCGAGGGAUCGUUCAGGAGGAAGAAGUCAAGAACAGACAUCCAGAAACGGGAGGGAAGUAUGAGAACCGGUUGCGAAGAAGGAAGUCUAGGAGUUUUGCCGAUCUCGAAGGGAUGAGACGAGGCGAGGAAGAAGCUCCCAAACGGCGUAAGCGAUAA